AUGAUUCUUGUUAUAUUCCCAAUCGCGAUCUAUUUUGUCUCUCUUUUAAGAAGAGUCUCUCUCGAGUGUACAUCAAUCACAAAGGGCCGAACUAAAGUCAACAAUAACAGCAACGAAACACGAACUACUGCACUAGUUUGCAAUCUUGAUCUUCAUCUACAUCGUCUACAUCAUCAUCAUCAUUCUAUAAUGACCUUUCUCUAUUUUACAAGUAAUUUACUUGUUACAUAUGCACCCUUUUAUCUAUUAUAUAAAUCAACUUCAUUAAAUGAAUUUAAAUCAUUCAAUAUAAUAUUACAAGCAUUAUGUGGUAACUUGAUAACACAAGUUGCCAAGAUGAUGUUGUUGGCUACGUUUUUCCCAUCGUUUGAUACGUCGACCUUUUCAUUGUACCAAGGAUUGGUUCAAUGUUUGAGUGUAGUGAUGGAUCUGUUUGCAAUCUAUUUCGUAACAGGCUUUAGUCAAUCAAAGUUUGCCAUUGCCACUGGAUGGGCAUUGGCCGACGCAUUACAGCGAUUGCCACAGUUGUGGCUUGGAUCAUUGCCUCUUGAAUUUGAUUCGAUUCAUCUCAUCCGAUCAUUUGAGAGCAAUACGCACACUGCUCACGUCAUUGCCAUCAUUCUUUUAAUUGGACAUCUCACUAAACGUGCCAUGAAGGACACCCAUUUUGUGUCACCAUCACGAUACAACGCAAUUGCAUCAUUUAGAUCGGUCCUCUCAUUAUCACCUCUACCCGCAUUGCUAUCACUCGCCAUCUUUGUAUCCAUGUCUUCCAUCUCCUCUGUCCUAUUGCAUGUUUUCCAUCAAUCGCCAAUUAUAAUCUUGACUGUCAAUGUUUUAAUCGUAUCACUUAAUUGUUUUUCAAUUAAUAAACAAAUUCAAUAA